CAGUUCAGUUGAAAAUCGUUUCACGGACCCCAAUUCCAACCCCAUCCCCAACCCGUCACUCUCUCUCUCUCUUGCUCGCGCUCGACCACUCCGUUCCCUAUCAAUCGCCGGCGGCUCUUGCUCCGAUCAGCCCAGAUGGUAUGCUACUAGAUGAUUGUGAUAUGGAUAUUUAGCAGUUGAGGCCUCUCAUAUAACAGAGAAAAGUAAGCAGACCACGCAUACAAAGCUUGUGUACGUUUUCUGGAAAGAGAUACAGAUGGCUAAUAUGCUACCAGGUGAAGCUUCACAUCACGGAAUGUACGAAGGUGGGCCUUACAAAAUUUCUCAAGAAAAGCCAGAGGAUGGUGGCCGUUGGUAUUUCUCUAGGAAAGAAAUAGAAGAUGAUUCUCCUUCUAGACUAGAUGGCAUUGAUAUGAAGAAGGAGACUUAUCUACGAAAGUCAUACUGUACAUUCUUACAAGAUUUAGGCAUGAGGCUUAAAGUGCCUCAGGUAACAAUUGCUACUGCAAUAAUUUUUUGUCACCGUUUCUUCCAUCGUCAAUCCCAUGCAAAGAAUGACAGAAGGACAAUUGCAACGGUUUGCAUGUUCCUUGCGGGUAAAGUCGAAGAAACUCCUCGUCCAUUGAAGGAUGUGAUACUCGUUUCUUAUGAAAUCAUUCACAAAAAGGAUCCUGCCGCAGUACAGAGGAUCAAGCAAAAGGAGGUAUAUGAGCAACAAAAAGAACUAAUUUUACUGGGUGAGAGGGUUGUUCUUGCAACUCUUGGUUUUGAUCUUAAUGUACAUCAUCCAUAUAAACCCCUUGUGGAGGCAAUAAAGAAAUUCAAGGUUGCUCAAAAUGCCCUUGCUCAAGUUGCGUGGAAUUUUGUCAAUGAUGGGCUGCGGACAUCUCUUUGCUUGCAAUUUAAGCCCCACCACAUUGCAGCAGGUGCAAUUUUCCUUGCUGCCAAGUUUCUAAAAGUAAAGCUUCCACAUGACGGUGAGAAGGUUUGGUGGCAGGAGUUUGAUGUCACCCCACGUCAAUUGGAGGAGGUUAGCAAUCAAAUGUUGGAACUCUAUGAACAAAAUAGAGUACCACUGCCUUCUCAGACAAGUGAAGCAGAAGGAAGUGCUGGCACCACAGUUAGCCAUCGUCCCCCUUCCAAAGCUCCCACUGGCAACGACGAACAUGCACCUAUUGAUAGUAUGGCUCAGAGUGGAGUUACUACUUCAAAACCUGGAACCUUAAAGCCAGCAUCAUCUCGGCCAGCAGAAGAUCAUCCACAUUCCGAUAUCCAUGGCGGGCAUUCCAAACCCACCCAAAAUCGGAAUAAUGACUAUGGGAGUAGUGCAGAGGUAAAGAGUGUUUUGGACCAAAAAGGAGAUGGUGAGGUCCAUGAAUCAGAGGAACCGCAAUGCGAAAACAUUGAGGAAGAACAGAACAGAUGUGGUGAAGAAGAUCAGGCAAGGAAUGGUGGGAGAGCAGAAACGAGAGAAGCAGGGGAAAUGAAGGACAGAUACCAUGGCUAUAGAGAUGGCGGCACAGUUAGUCAGUCACCCCAAGAAGCCAUAAAAAAGAUAGACAAAGACAAGGUAAAGGCGGCACUAGAGAAACGAAGGAAGGCGCGUGGUGACACAACUAGGAAAACCGAUUUGAUGGAUGAAGAUGACCUCAUUGAGAGGGAACUGGAAGAUGGUAUCGAAUUGGCUGCAGAGACUGAGAAGGUCAAACAGGAGAGGAGGACAAAUUGGUCCAAACCUUCAAAAUUACCAGAUCAUGAGAAAGGGCAGCACUCUCACGGACAAGACUCUCAGAAUGUGGAAGAAGGUGAGGUUGCAGCACUUGAUGAUGUGGGGCAUGGGUAUCGGUCACCAAAGUCCAGCAACCGCAAGAGAAAGGCGGGGAGUCCACCCGACCGACCAAUAGAGGGGAAACAACGUAGUGAUUAUGCUCACAGGUCCCACCACCAUAGUCACCAUGAUCUUCCAGACGAUAGGAACAGGUUAGCCAGACUUGGUUAUACGGAAAGGGAUCCAAAAAGGCACGUACAGGAGAACCAUGUUUGAAGGGUGCGUAAUUAGUCAUUUGCUGGAACAGUGCGUUUGGUAGUAUUUUCAAGUGGUUAAUAGCUUUCAUAUUACCUCAAUCUUUGCUUGAGUCAGCGGCUUGACAGGUGGUGCAGGUAAUGAUUUCCUGGACUUGGAGCAUGGAGGAGUUUUGCCCAACAAUAUAUUUGCGUUUUGUCAAUGUAAUAUUUAUUUUGGGAAAAUUUGUAUCAAGGAACUAGGGUGAUUACAGAGCCCACCAAUUUGCGGCAUUAUUUAAUUUUUUUUUCCUGUUUUGAUCUCUUAUAAUAUUUGGGACGACCAUGUCCAAAUUGAUGACGAGGUGACAGUUUCAUUAUUCUGAGGAACUUUAAUGAUGUAAAAUGUGGAGGCUUGAUUUUGUUUCCAAUUGUAUGGGCAAUGAAUGUUGAGUUUGUUGUUCUAAA